CCGAGGAGUGGAGGCUGGGCGGCUCCGACUCCCUGACGCCAGCGCGACCAGAUCAAUCCAGGCUCCGGGAGCGAGCGAGCGGGCGAGCGAGCGAGCGGGCGGGCGGGAGGAGGAAGGAGAGGCCGAGCGGCUCAGCCCGGGCCGAGGCGCGGGGAGGGACCCUGCGAGCGCAGCGCGGCGCAGCGCCCCGCCGGCGGGACCGGGGCCGUGGGAGCCCGCUCGCCCGGUCACUCGUGCGCCCGCGCGGACGGGCGCGCCGCCAACCCGUGCGUCUCCCAAGUGUCGUCUCAUUCCUUUCCCUUUACCGGAUUCGAUUGCCUCACUGCAUGUGUAUUUGAAGGGAGGAAGAACAAAUGCCUGCCGGAUCUUACAACUACAGUAGCUGCGGCUUUUGUUUAUUUUGAGGCGCAUACGAUUUUUCGAUCUACUGUGCAAGAUAGCCAGUGAGACGCUUCCCUGCUGGAAACUGAGGCGCAUCUCAGCACCAUCUCCUUGAGAAAGCAUCGUUUUCGUAUUUCUCUUAUAAUUGGGAUAGCCUUUAAAAUCAAGGGAUUGAGAAAGAAAGCUGAUGCAGUUGGUGGAGCUCUUGCUUCCUGUCCUUCAGCAGUUUUUGAGUGUGUCUGUACUUCAUAAGGUGCUGACUUUGGAUUACUUUUAAAACACUAGGAAUGGUAAUUUCUCCUUUUCGGGAUCUCAAAACCAAGAAGCUAAAGAGAAUCCUAUGUAAAUAAAGUGAAAUCUCUUCUGUUGUCCUUUUGCAUUUGGAGACUUCUUUAUUUCACCACACACAAGGAGUCUAUAACUAGUGCAUUCAUUAUGAAUGUGACAAGUUUAUUUUCCUUCACAAGUCCAGCUGUGAAGAGACUCCUUGGGUGGAAACAGGGUGAUGAAGAAGAAAAAUGGGCAGAGAAAGCUGUUGAUGCUUUGGUGAAAAAACUGAAGAAAAAGAAAGGUGCCAUGGAGGAACUGGAAAAGGCCUUGAGCUGCCCGGGGCAGCCAAGUAACUGUGUCACCAUUCCCCGCUCUCUGGAUGGCAGGCUGCAAGUUUCCCACCGGAAGGGACUGCCUCAUGUCAUUUACUGCCGUGUGUGGCGCUGGCCUGAUCUUCAGAGCCACCAUGAACUAAAACCACUGGAAUGCUGUGAGUUUCCUUUUGGUUCCAAGCAGAAGGAGGUGUGCAUCAAUCCCUACCACUAUAAGCGUGUAGAAAGCCCUGUUCUUCCUCCAGUGCUGGUUCCAAGACACAGCGAAUAUAAUCCUCAGCACAGCCUGUUAGCUCAGUUCCGUAACUUAGGACAAAAUGAGCCUCACAUGCCCCUCAACGCCACCUUCCCGGAUUCUUUCCAGCAACCCAACAGCCAUCCGUUCCCUCACUCCCCCAGUAGCAGCUACCCCAACUCUCCUGGAAGCAGCAGUGGUACCUACCCGCACUCUCCCACCAGCUCAGACCCAGGAAGCCCUUUCCAGAUGCCAGCUGAUACGCCCCCGCCUGCUUACCUGCCUCCCGAAGACCCCAUGACCCAGGAUGGCUCUCAGCCAAUGGACACAAAUAUGAUGGCACCCUCCCUGCCCUCAGAAAUCAACAGAGGAGAUGUUCAGGCGGUUGCUUAUGAGGAACCAAAACACUGGUGCUCUAUUGUCUACUAUGAGCUCAAUAAUCGUGUGGGUGAAGCGUUCCACGCCUCCUCCACAAGUGUGUUGGUGGAUGGUUUCACCGAUCCUUCCAACAAUAAGAACCGUUUCUGCCUUGGGCUGCUCUCCAACGUUAACCGGAAUUCCACUAUUGAAAACACCAGGCGGCACAUUGGAAAAGGAGUGCAUCUUUACUAUGUUGGAGGGGAAGUGUAUGCCGAAUGCCUCAGCGACAGCAGCAUCUUUGUGCAAAGUCGGAACUGCAACUACCAUCAUGGAUUUCACCCCACUACUGUUUGCAAGAUCCCUAGUGGGUGUAGUUUGAAAAUUUUUAAUAACCAAGAAUUCGCUCAGUUAUUGGCACAGUCUGUGAACCAUGGCUUCGAGACAGUCUAUGAGCUCACUAAAAUGUGCACCAUCCGCAUGAGCUUUGUAAAGGGUUGGGGAGCAGAAUACCACCGCCAGGAUGUUACUAGCACCCCCUGCUGGAUUGAGAUCCACCUGCAUGGCCCGCUCCAGUGGCUGGAUAAAGUUCUUACUCAGAUGGGUUCACCUCACAAUCCUAUUUCAUCUGUGUCUUAAAUGGCCUCAGGCUUCUGCCUCUUGAAAACUCUUGAGCCUUGCAUGUACUUGAAGGAUGGAUGAGUCAGACACGAUCGAGAACUGACCAAGGAGCCUUGAUAAUACUUGACCUCUGUGACCAACCGUUGGAUUCAGAAAUAAAAAAACCUUGGUAACAUACUGUCGAUAUCAAGAACCUGUUCAGUUUACAUUGUAACAUUUUAUGGUAAAAUCAACUAAAAUGCAUACCUUUAGCAGGACUUCGUGUAUAGUUAAAGGAGAGAUGGCCAAGCCAGGGACAAAUUAUCUAUUGGAGAAACGAUCCUAAGAGAUUCUUUUGUGUUUGGCACUUUAAGGUCAUCGUUUGGCAAAAGUUUAGCAUUAAUAGUCUCUCUGAAGUGUGUUUUUAUCAGGUUUAGAACCCAUGUUGAGUCUUCUUUUCAUGGGUUUUCAUAAUAUUUUAAAACUAUUUGUUUAGUAACGGUUUUUGUUUUUUAAGUAAAGUUUAAUCUUGAUGAUAUACAUAGUAAUCUUUCUAAAAUUGUAUGCUGACCAUACUGCUGUCAGAAUAAUGUUAGGCAUAUGCUCUUUGCUAAAUAUAUAUGUACAGACUAUUUGGAAGUUAAGAAUUGAUUAGACUAGUGGAUUUAGGAGCAUUUGAGGGGGGUGGGGGAGAGGGAAAUGACAACUGCAAAUGUAGAAUAUACUGUAAAGAGUCAGUUUGUUGCUUUCAAGAAACAAACUGAUGUCUGAAUUUUGCUGUGUUUCCAUUUUUUAGAGAUUUUAUCCUACUUCUUCUUCUUUUUUUUUUUUUCUUUCUCGUGUCUUCUAUCCCUUCCUCUCCAAAAGCAGUUAUGCAGCUGGUUUAAUUCAUGUAACUGUGAGAGCAAAUGAGUAAUUCCUGCUACUCUGAAAUCGACUGCCUGUAUGUUUCAAUACCAAUUGUAUGGAGUGCUUGAAUGUAACUAAGCAGUUUUUAUGGAGUUUACAGAAAUAGGCUUUAAUUUUCAAGUGAAUUGUUUGCCAAACCUAGUAACUGUUAAAUAUUUGGAGGAUUUAAAGAACAUCCCUGUUUAAAUCCAUUUCACACUUUUUAAAUUUUUUUGUACUAUGUUUGGUUUUAUUUUUCUUCUGCUAAUCUUUUAUAUUCACUUAACGCUCUCGUACAUUGAGUACUUUUAUUCCGAAACUAGUGGGUUUUCUCUACUGGAAAUUUUAAAUAAACCUGUCAUUAUUGCUUACUUUGAUUAAAA